AUGGACGAAUCCUCCUCCGCGAUCCACACCCUCGUACACAUCCUCAAGUCCAUCUACUCACUCAACUGGACGCGCUACCUCUCCUACAUAGCCGCCACGCUCGCCCUCCCCCUCCGCAUAGCAUGGAUCCCACUCUCCUACGUCUUCGCCAUCCUAAAAGCCAUAUUCGCCCCGGCCGGCUACAUCCUCUCCUACCUAGGCGGAUGGGUAGCCGCCAUUGCCAACUUCCUCGUCAGCCUAGAGCCACUAUACACAUUCUUUAGCGUAGCCGCGUUCAUAGGCAUCCUCGCCGGUAUAAUCAUGGCUGUUGCGUCCGCCAUACUAACCACCUAUUUCAACAUGCAAGACGAGCCUGAGGAUACGACGCAGCAGGAGCGUGAGGCACUCACGUACAAGAAGCAGAUGUAUCUACAGCAGCAGUACCUGAGGCGGGAUCCGCAGGGGCUGGAGCCGGAUUGGCAUUGGGCGGAUACGUCGCCGAGGUAUAGGCGUGUUUCGGGGCUGCAGGCGGAGACUAUUCUUGAGGAGGAUGAUUCUGAGGAGUGA